UUGUGGAUUAUUAGAGGCACAUUUUGCUUUGCCCCCUCGCUAAGUCUCGGGAACCCUGCGUGAAUAUAUCAGUUGAUUCUUCUUCUUCUCGCACCGUUGGUACACAUCAACAAUGGCGCCCGUCGAGACCGAGAAGUCCAUUACCCUUGCACCACCGCAGUUUGUUCUCGUCCCGCUCAUGGGGCAGGGCCACACCACGCCCAUGGCCGACCUUGCGCGCCUCCUCGCGGAACGCGGCGCGCGAGUGAGCCUCGUCACCACGCCUGUGAACGCCGCGCGCCUGAAGGGACUGGCCGACAGGGCGCGGCGCGCCACGCUGCCCCUGGAGAUAGUCGAGCUCCCGUUCCCGCCGGCCGACGAUGGGCUGCCCCGGGGCAGCAGCGACAAUAGCGACAAUGUCCUCCGGUUGUUCCUGUCCCUCUAUAGGCUGGCCGGGCCACUCGAGGCCUACGUGCGGUCGCUGCCCUGCCGCCCCAGCUGCAUCAUCACCGACUCGUGCAACCCGUGGACGGUCGACGUCGCCAGGAGCGUCGGGGUCCCUCGGCUCACCUUCACCGGCCCUUCCUGCUUCUACUCGCUCUGUGACUUCAACGUCGCCAAGCACGGGCUUCUUCACAGCGGCGGCGAUCACGCGUACGUCGUGCCGGGCGUGCCGGUGCCGGUGGAGUUGAGCAAGGACACAUGGGCCGCCGUCUUCUUAACAUGCAUGCCCGCGUGGGGGAAGUUCGUGGAGGAGGUGAGGGAGGGCAUCCGCACGGCCGACGGCGCCGUGGUGAACACGUUCCUUGGCCUCGAGGAACAGUUCGUGGCGUGCUACGGGGAAGCGCUGGGCAAGCCGGUGUGGGCGCUCGGGCCCUUCUACCUCAAUAGCCGGAAAGAGGAGGCGCCCGCCGUAGGCCAGAGCGCGGUCACCGCUUGGCUGGACAAGAUGGACCAGAGCACGGUCGUGUACGUAAGUUUCGGCAGCCUCGCGCGGAUGCCUCCCAAGCAGCUGUACGAGGUCGGACACGGCCUCGAGGACUCCGGGAGGCCCUUCCUUUGGGUGGUAAAGGAGUCCGAGACGGCGUCGCCGGAAGCGCAAGAGUGGCUCCAAGCCCUCGAGGCGCGCACGGCAGGGCAGGGGCUCGUAGUGCGUGGCUGGGCGCCGCAGCUCGCCAUCCUGUCGCACCGCGCCGUCGGUGGCUUCGUGACCCACUGCGGGUGGAACUCGCUGCUGGAGUCCGUCGCGCAUGGCGUGCCUGUCGUGACGUGGCCUCAGUUCGGCGACCAGUUCCUCAACGAGCGGCUUGCUGUCGACGUACUUGGGAUCGGCGUGCCCGUGACGCCGUUGGACGACGGCAAGGCCGUGGACCAUGUAGCGCGGGGGCACAUUGCGCGAGCGGUGUCCGAGCUGAUGGGCGGUGGAGCAGCGGCAGAGGAGAGGAGAAGAAAGUGCAACGUCUACGGGGAGAGAGCUCACGGAGCCAUGGCGAAAGGAGGCUCGUCGCAUGAAAACCUGACGCUGCUAUUACACAGCUUCAUGCGGACUGGCAGCAAGGAGCAGUAGAUUCGGAAUUGUUAGGCACUUAAUUCCCGUUGCUCUGCUAGGUGAAGUGUGAAUCGUGCAAAGGGUAACAAAAUGGCCCAAAUCCCUUGUAUCAAUGCUCAAGAAUAUCCCUACCACUUGGUUAUUUUGCCCA